ACGUUAACACCCUGUCCCUGCUAUAGACUGGUACAAUUUCAUCGCUGCCUUUCAAGAACUACACUGACACAACUUAAUCACUCGGCAUCUGAGGAAAGAAUAUGGCUACAACACUGUGUCAGGUAGCAGGCUACUUGUUGUCUGUCUUGGGCUUGGCAGGGGUCAUUUCUGCUACUCUCAUGAACGCGUGGAGUACCCAGGACUUGGAAGGAGACGUAGUGACAUCGGUGUAUAACACCAAGGGGCUUUGGAGAACCUGUGAAACAGGCAGCUCUGGGUUUACCGAAUGCAGACCAUACUUUUCCAUUCUGGGGCUUCCAGGCAGCUUCCAGGCAGUGAGAGCCCUGAUGAUCGUGGGGAUUGUGCUGGGGGUUAUUGGAGCACUGAUCUCCAUAUUUGCACUCAAGUGUAUCCGAAUGGGCAACAUGGAGGACGCAAUGAAGGCUAACAUGACCCUGACAUCAGGGAUCCUGUUCGUUGUGGGAGGUGUAUGUGGCAUUGCUGGCGUGUCCAUCUUCGCAAACCUGAUUGUGACCAACUUCAUGUUCACCACCACAACUGCCACCAUGCAAGGGUCUCUCCAGCCAAGGUACACCUUUGGCCCCGCCCUCUUCGUGGGCUGGGUGGGAGGAGCAGUGCUGGUAGUGGGUGGGAUCAUGAUGUGUGUGGCCUGCAAAGGAAUGGCACCUGAGAAGACUCACUACAACGCAGUAGCCUACAAAGCGUCUAAGCCCAACACCAUCUACAAGUCCGGAGAUGAGCGGUCCAGACGGGGGUUUGACGAUGACUACAAGAAAAGCACAACUCGCAGCGACGAUGGCAGGCAAACACAGCCUUCCAAAUUUGACUACGUGUAACACUGGUCUGCAACUAGGGAGGAUAUCGCUGAAAUACAAACCGCAAACUGGCUCAGAACAGGGGAUCAAAGAUGGGUGUAUGCAUCUUUCACUGACAAGCAGUUUAGCCAGGUUAUAACAGAUUAGGAAUUUGACCAAAAUCAUAUGAUUACGUCCAGGUCAUAAAUGUAAUAAAUUAUAGUAAAAUGCAUAUUAAUGUGAAUUCUCAGGACAUUGGUAAUCCUUAUUAUUAAAUGUAUUCAUUUAAUAUUUGUGAGCCUGUUCGCAAACAUUAUGCUUUGAUUAAGGAUUGCCCCACUGGCUCUAAUUUUCUACUCCCCUUUAUGGUGUAAUAAAUUACCUUUGAGAAUAACUAGCAGAUUGUAUAGUACCACAUUAUGUAUUGAAUGCACCGAGUCUCGGUGCAUAAUUAGCAGGUCCCUUUAAUUUUUUUAAAUUAAAAAUCAUAAUACUGUUAAAGGCAUUAGCUGAUGUUGUCUACUUAUUGUUUUUAAUGCAGCUUUAAAUGAUAAAAUCCCAGUUGACUUAAAAGUAACAAAUUUAACCUUAAUAGGAAAGUGGAACAUGUGAAUAUAUUCCCUAUCCCCAGUUCUGAUUUACAGUGCUGCGCUUGUAUUUUAUUAUUUUACUAAUUGUUAUUUCUUGUUUUUUAUACUUAUAAACAUACUUAAACAUACUUAAAUAUACCCACAGAAUUAUGGUGUGCUUUGUAUAACAAAAACAAAAUUAUAUAUUUUUGGGUUCUAUGUUUUUUUGACCCAUACUGUGCUUUUUAUCAAUUUUUCAAAUUUCCCCCCUUCACCCCAAAUAACACCCCAGGCUUGUGUAUGGCCUGUGAAAUACCAGGCCCCAUGAGUUACAUCAAACGUCUGUUUUGAUUAAACAAUUUGAUAUUCAUGAAUACAACCAUUCUAUACUUUUUUACAGACUAGAAAAUAUUUGUUUCUGUUUUUAGUUAAUAACAAAGCCGUGACUGUUUUAUGCAUUCAACACAUAAUCAGAUUAAUAGAAACUCCAUUUUGUUUUAUGCUGAAAAGCUUCUAGAAAUGUAGGUUUAAAUAAACUUCAGUAAAAUGUAGAUUUAGGUAAACUAGGGUCUAAGCUGCUCUAAAUGGUCCUAGUUAUUAGUAAGGACUGGAUGAUUAUUAUAGCUGAGAAGUAUCAUGUGUACAAUGUCAUAUAUCUUCACUGUUAGACUGUACUAAGAAGCAAAGAAUAGAAGUCAUACCAACAGAGCUAACAAGUACUGUAAUUAAUUAGUGCUUCAUUAUGGCUGUAAUCAUCUGUCUGUCUUUUGUUCAUAUUUGUGUGACUUCAGAAAAAAAAAAAAUCAUUAAAGUUUUCAA